AUGAGCCUAUCAAAAUCUGAGAGACAAUCGAUUAUAUUACAUGAUGCAAGAGGAAUUCAGCAUCCAUUAUAUUAUGUAUCAACAAGUAAAGAUGGAAAAAUUUAUGUAAGAAAAAGAAGAGUUCCAUUAACGAAUUCAGAAACUGAUAAAAUUGAUAUAAAACCUCCCCCAUCUGAAACAAAACCAGAAAUGAAAUCGGAAAUGAAAUCAGAACCUAAACCGGAACCUAAACCAGAUGUACUUUCGAUAACGAAUCAAGAAUUAAUAGCUAAAUUUGUAAAGCAAACGGAAUCAAAAAAUCCAGACCCACCAGUAAAAGAACAGGAAACCAAAAUUAAUGAAGAGUUUGUGAAAAACGUAAAACAUGAAAUUAUUGAACAAAAGAAACAAAUUCCUCAACUAAGAAGAAGAGUUAGAAUAUUAAACUAA